AUGCCCGCAUCGCCCUCGCUCAACUCCUCGUCGCACACCACACCAACUCUGGCGUCGUCGCCACCCAACAACACAUACAUGGCGCCGCCUUCGCCUCCCGUCGAGAAGAAGGAGGAGGAGAAGAAGAUCAUGGGAUUCUUUGACAAGAUCUUCACGUCGGGCAAGAAGAACAAGAAGAAGGAGCCCGAGGUUGGCGUGCCCUUCAACGUCAAGCACAACGUGCAUGUCGAUUACAACUCGAUCACAGGUUUCGAAGGUCUGCCCCGCGAGUGGGAGGUCGUCCUGCAGUCUUCCGGUAUCACCAAGGAGGAUGUGGUCGAGCAGCCACAGGCCGUGCUCGAUGUGCUGGACUUCCACUUGGGCUCGAUGAACAACCAACAUGGCACCAAGCCCAUGCCACCCAAGCCACAGUUCCAGGCACAGCCACAGCAGCACACACAACCCAUCGCUCACCCAACACCCGUUGCACCACAGCCACAGCAGCAGCAACAGACACAUCAACAGCAACAGAUGCAACAAAUGUACAAUGAUAUCCCACCUCUGUCCGAUGGUGAUGACUUUGACCUGAUGAACAAUCAAUCAUCCCCUCCAAUACCCGAGGAGACUACACUCUCAUUGAAUGAUCUUAUCAGCACAGAGGACCCAUCCAAGUUUUAUCUGGUUGGCGACUCACUCUGGGUGGCCAUGGAGUUCAUGGGUGGAGGCUGUCUUACCGAGGUCCUGGAACAAUUCAGCACCAUCAAGCUGACAGAGUCACAGAUUGCCUACAUUUGCGCAGAGUCAUUGAAGGGUUUAGCAUACAUUCACAAUCAAUAUCGUAUUCACAGAGAUAUUAAGAGUGAUAACAUAUUGUUGGGAUCGGAUGGUUCGGUGAAGCUUGCCGACUUUGGUUAUGCCGCCCAGCUCACAAAGAACAAGCAAAAGAGAGUGACAAUCGUUGGUACACCAUACUGGAUGGCGCCAGAGCUGAUCCGUGGACAGAACUACGACCGCAAGGUGGACAUCUGGAGUCUUGGUAUCAUGGCCAUGGAGAUGGCCGAGUCGGAGCCACCCUACAUGUCGUUCCCACCCCUGCGUGCGCUGUUCCUCAUCACGACCAAGGGCAUCCCCGACCUCAAGGAGCAGGGCAAGUGGUCCGAGGACUUCAAGGAUUUCGUCAAGAAGUGUCUGGACAAGGAUCCCGACAACAGACCCGACGCCCAGACGCUCUUGAAGCACCCCUUCUUGAGACAGGCGUGCAACAGCAACGGUUUGGUGCCAGCGAUUACCGAGGCCAAGAAGGCCAAGGAGGCACAGAGCAAGUUCUCAUUAAUGUAA